AUUUUAAAAAAUUUAACCAAUUGAAUUGGUUCAAUCUAAAACCGAAGCAGUUCUCAAUACUUGCAUGACCACAAGUUUCCUUGCAUGGACCUGUUGGAUUGAACUCUUCUUCAAAAAAACCCAGUGAUUGGAGUCACCAAGGGAAGGAUAACAUGGGUUGGUGUGUAUCAAUCCUGCUGCAGGUAAAACAUUUCUAUUCAAAAACCAAAACUUUUGAACUUCAGUACAAAGCUUCUUCAUUUCUCAGAAUUUAUGCCCUCAGAUACUGUUCAAGAAUGAGCAGGACUGUUAAUGGGUUUAGCGUCAGGAAGCAUCCUCUGUGAUAUGCUUGAGCCAGAAGCUGCCCUUGCUGCAGAUCUGAUGAGGCUCUGCGUCAGGGUGUACUACAUACUCGUACUGUUGCUGGACCUUAGGUGGGCUCUGACAGGACUCUCACAUCCAUACCUCUAUAGCUUGUUCUUUGUAGUCUCCAACUCAAAAGGGCCAUUCCAUGGCAGUCAAGGUGGAAAUCAAUUUCUGAAGCAAUUAGCAGGAGCAGGGAACAAACAUACGCUCCAACUGGACAAGGACAAAAUGAAAAUUCUACGAUGGUUGGUGAAAACCACGACGCUGUGCAGCUCCAUCACCCAUGUUCAGUUUAAGAAGUAAUAUGCAAAUAUCAAUUGGCAAUUCCAUAAAC